AAAUCACGCAGAAUUGAUGGAACACGAGGCAUCUCUAAGUAGGCAUGCCCAGGAGGAGAAGCUAUCUUUACAGCAGGUGAUCAAGGAGAUAACCCAGGUCAUGGUAGAAGAAGGGGACAGUAUGACUCAGAGCUGUGACCCUGAGAGCUCUCUGGAGCUGGACUCAAGUGGCCUCUCCUCCCAACUUGCCCCCCAGGAUCCAGACAGGGCUCUCACACUGGUGCGUUCUGUGCUGAUCCGGAGACGCCAGGCCGUGCAGGACCUGAGGCAGCAGCUGUCCAGCUGUCAGGAGGCGAUGAGCUUCCUGCAGCAGCAGCAUGAGCAGUGGGAGGAGGAGGGCGAAGCCCUGAGACAGCGGCUUCAGGCUCUCACUGGGGAGCGCGACACCCUGGCCGGGCACACUGUGGACCUCCAGGGCGAGGUGGACACUCUCAGCAAGGAGCGGGAGCUCCUGGAGGAGGCCAGGGAAGGGCUGCAGCAGCAACUUCAAGUGCUGGAGCAGGAGGCUUGGCGGCUGCGGAGAACAAACAUGGAACUUCAGCUGCAGGGGGACUCAGCCCAGGGGGAGAAGGAGGAGCGGCAGGAGGAGCUGCACCUGGCACUCCGAGAAAGGGAGCGUCUUCAAGAGACACUGGCGAGCCUCGAAGCCAAGCAGACAGAAUCCCUCAGUGAACUGAUCACCCUCCGCGAAGCCCUGGAGUCGAGUCGCCUGGAAGGGGAGUUGCUGAAGCAAGAGCAAGCUGAAGUGACCGCAGCGCUGGCCCGGGCGGAGCAGUCCAUUGCGGAGCUGUCGAGCUCUGAGAACAGCCUGAAGGCAGAGGUAGCUGAUCUUCGAGCUGCAGCUGUCAAGCUCGGUGCCCUAAAUGAGGCUUUGGCCUUAGAUAAAGUGGCACUAAACCAGCAGCUUCUCCAGUUAGAACAGGAGAACCUGUCCACAUGCAACAGAAUGGAGGCUGCAGAGCAGGCGAGAAACGCUUUGCAGGUGGACCUGGCGGAAGCUGAGAGGAGCAGGGAAGUCCUGUGGGAACAGAAAACCCACCUGGAGACACAGCUGCAGAAAGCGCAGGAGACUGGGGCCGAGCUGCAGGCUGAUCUCAGGGGCAUCCGAGAAGAGAAGGAAGAAAUUCAGGGGAAACUGAGUGAGGCAUGCCAACAGCAGGAGGCAUCCAGGGCUCAGCUGGAGCAGCUGCAGCAGGAGACACAGCGCCUGGCAGACAUGCUGACCAGGGCCGUCCAGGAGAAGGAGACCCUGGUGCGAGAGAAGGCAGCUCUUGAAGUGAGACUGCAAGCUGUGGAGCGGGACCGGCAGGGCCUCUCUGAGCAAGUGCUGGGCCUCAGCUCGGCCAAGGAGCUCCUGGAGGGCAGUCUCUUUGAGGCCCAGCAACACAAUUCUCUAAUUGAGGUCGCCAAGGCGCAGCUGGAGGUCCAGAUUCAGACGGUCACUCAAGCCAAGGAUGUGAUCCAAGGGGAGGUGAGGUGCCUCAAGCUGGAACUGGACACGGAGCGCGGCCGGGCAGCGCAGGAGCGGGAUGCAGCAGCCAGACAGCUGACCCGGGCUGAGCAAGAAGGGCAGGUUGCCCUGCAGCAGCAGGAGGCAGCCCACAAGGAGGAGGUGGCCCAGCUCCAUGAGAAAUGGCAGAAAGAGCGCUCCCGGCACCAGCAGGCGCUGGAGACGGCUGUGGAGGGCCUAAAGCGGGAGAAGACAGAGCUGGAAAGGAGGCUGAGGGAGCAGCAGGCCGAAGCCGAGGCCUUCCGGGUGCAGAAGGAGGAAGAGCGGGCCCAGGCUGAGAGUGCUCUGUGCCAGAUGCAGCUGGAAACGGAGAAGGAGAGAGUGUCCCUCUUAGAGACACUGCUGCAGACCCAGAAGGAACUGGCAGAUGCAAGCCAACAACUGGAGCGGCUGAGACAGGACAUGAAGGGUCAGAAGCUAAAGGAGCAGGAGACCAGUGGGAUGCUGCAUUCCCAGCUCCGGGAGGCCCAGCGGGAGCUGAAGGAGGCAGCCCAGCAGCACAGAGAUGCCCUUGCUGCCGCCCAAGCAGAGGGCAGCACCCUGCUGCAGGAUAAGAUGGACCUGCAGAAGCAGGUGGAGGACUUGACAUCUCAGCUGGUUGCCAAGGAGGACUCCUGGAGACAGAUGGAACAGGAGGUCCAGGAGAAGCUCAGAGAGACCCGAGAACAUAGCCGGAUUCAGAAGGAGCUGGAAAGAGAGAAGGCCAGCCUGACCCAAUCACUGGUGGAAAAAGAACAAAGACUCCUUGUCUUGAAAGAAGCUGACUCUGCUCAUCGACAGGAGCUGAGCUCCUUGCGCCAGGACAUGCAGGAGGCCCAGGGAGGGCAGAAGGAACUCAGUGCCCAGGUGGAAUUACUGAGGCAGGAAAUGAAAGAAAAAGAGGCCGGCUUUCUGGCCCAGGAAGCUCAGCUGCUGGAAGAUCUGGACGCGGCCCGAGUCACAGAGCGGCAGCUGCGGGCUUCCCUGUGGGCCCAGGAAACCAAGGGAGCCCAGCUCCAGCUGCGACUGCAAAGCAUGGAGAGCCAGCUGGAGGUGCUGGUCGCCGAGCAGCAGCCCGGGCACCACGCCCAGGCCCAGCUGGCCAGCCUCUACUCUGUCCUGCAGCAGACCCUAGGGUCUGUGUGUGAGAGCAGGCCUGAGCUGAGUGGUGGAGGAGACGCUGCGCCCUCCCUCUGGAGCCUGGAACUGCCAGACCACCUUGAAGUUCGGAGUGUCUGGAAAAGAGAGCCCCUCCUGACUGCCUUCUCAGCUGAGGCAGUGGCGUCUGCCCUCCACAAGCUUCACCAAGACCUGGGGAAGACUCGACAGGCCCGGGAUGAUCUGCGAGAUCAGGCCCAGAAGCUGGAACGGCAGCUAACUGUUUCCGAGGCGGAGAAGAACCAGGUGCACGCAGAGUUGCAGGAACUCCGAGGCCAGCUCUCCCAGACCCAGGAAGAGAACUCCAGGUGGGAAGGCAAACAGAACGCCCUGGAAUCCGAGCUGACGGAGCUGCGGAAAACGGUGGCCGCCUUACGGAGCCACCUACAGCAAGUAGAGCGACGGGGGACAGAAGCCCAGAAUGAGCGAGAGCUGCUUCAGGCAGCCAAGGAGAACCUGACGGCCCAGGCGGAGCGGCUACAAGCUUCUGUUGCAGAAGCCAGGGCUCAAGCAAGCGUGGCUGAGGCCCUGGAAGAAGACCUGCGAACGGCCCGCUCCGCCCUGAAGCUGAAGGAGGAGGAGGUGGAGAGUGAGCGGGAGAGGGCGCAGGCUUUGCAGGAGCAGGGCGAGCUGAAGGUGGCCCAGGGGAAGGCUCUGCAGGAGAAUUUGGCCCUGGUGUCCCAGGCCCUAUCGGAAAGAGAAGAGGAAGUGAAGACCUUGCGGAGGGAAAUCCAGGAACUGGAGGCGCAACAGGAAAUGCAGAAGGCGACUCUGGAAAUGCUGUCUCUGGACCUGAAGAAGAGGAACCAAGAGGUGGGUCUGCAGCAGGAAGAGAUCCGGGAGCUGGAGAAGUGUCGCUCGGUGUUAGAGCACCUGCCCCUGGCUGUCCAGGAGCGAGAGCAGACGCUGUCUGAGCAGAGGGACCAGAUCAAAGAGCUGGAGAGGGAGCGGGAGACGCAGCACAACAUCCUGGAACAUCAGCUCCUCGAGCUACAGGCAAAGGCCCACGUGAUCGAGUCCCAGAGAGGCCAGAUUCAGGAUCUAAGCAAGCAGGUGAUGACUCUGGAGUGCCUGGCCCUGGAACUGGAGGAAAACCACCACAGGAUGGAGUGUCAGCAGAAAGCCAUCAAGGAGCUGGAGGACCAGAGGGCAGCUCAGAGGGCGACGCUGACCCACAUGACCCUGGACCUGGAGGAGCGGAGCCAGGAACUGCAGGCCCAGAGCAGCCAGAUCCGGGAGCUGGAGAGCCAACACGCCCUGCUAGCCGACAAGCUCCGGGAGCAGGGCCAGGCGGUGAGGUGCCAGCAGGAGCAGAUCGAGGAGCUGCAGAGGCAGAAGGAGCGUCUGACCCAGGAGCUCGAGCGGCGGGACCAGGAGCUGAAGCUCCAGAAAGAGAGGGUUCAGGUCCUCGAAGAUCAGAGGAUGCGGCAGACCAAGAUCCUGGAGGAGGACCUGGAGCAGAUCAAGCUGUCCCUGAGGGAGCGGGCCCAGGAGCUGGCCUCUCAGAGACCACCCUCUCAGGAGCAGACUGAGGAGGGGAAGGGCCCCAGGAAGGCCCAACGUGGCAGCCUGGAGCACUUGAAGCUGAUCCUCCGCGACAAGGAGAAGGAGGUGGAAUGCCAGCAGGAGCGCAUCCAGCAGCUCCAGGAGCACAGGGACCAGCUGGAGCAGCAGCUCCAAGGGCUCCACAAGCAGGCGGGUGAGGCCAGCCUGCUGGGAACACACAGGGAGCAGGAGGUGGCCGUCCUGCAGCAGCGCCUGAAGGAAGCGAGGGAACAAGGGGAGCGGAAAGCACAGUCCCUUCAGGAUCAGCUGGAAGAAGCUGGGCGGGCCCUGGCGCAGAGGAACCAGGAGCUGGAGGCCCUGCAGCAGGAACGGAGGCAGGCCCAGGGCCAGGAGGAGAGGGCGAGGCAAGAGGUUCGUGCUCUCCAGGGAGCUCUGGAGCAAACGCAUGUGACACUGAAGGAGCGCCAGGGGGAGCUGGAGGACCACCAGGAGCAGGUGCGGAGGCUCCAGGAAGAGUUGGCUGUGGAGGGGCAGCGGGCACAGGCCCUGGAGGAGGUGUUGAGUGACCUGAGGGCCGAAUCUCUGCAGCAGGAGAAAGCCCUGCUGACCCUCCACCAACAGUGUGCUGAGCAGGCCCAGGAGCAUGCGGUGGAGGCCCGGGCCCUGCAGGACAGCAGGCUGCGGGCAGAGGAGAUGCUCAAGGAACGGGACCGGGAGCUGGAGGUCCUGUGUGCCGAUAGCCAAUCUUGCCAGCAUCGAGAGGAGGCUGCCCGGGGCCAGGCCGAGGCCCUCCAAGAGGCCCUCAACCAGGCGCGGGCAGCCCUGCAGGAGAAAGAGCAGCAUCUCCGUGGGGAGGCUGAGUUGAACCAUAGCCUGGAGGCCAGCACUGCCACCCUGCGGGCUACACUGGACACCUGCCAGGCACACACCCGGCAGCUGGAGGAGGGCCUGAAGCUGCGGGAGGGUGAACUCCAGGAGCAGGCUCUCCGACACCAGGCGGCCGUGGAGCGGCUCCAGCAGGCCCUUGCCCAGAGAGAGGACGAGCUGAGACAGCAGAAGGAGCAAGGGCAGCUGCUGGAGAAGUUGCUGGCCCAGAUGGGCCAAGAGAAGAUGACCCCAGGGGGGCAGGGGAAAGAGGAGGAGGAGGAGAUGAGGGACCUUCGUGAGAAGCUGAGGGGGCUCCAGUUGACUCUAGCCCAAAAGGAAGAGGAGAUCUUGGAGCUGAGAGAAGCCCAGCGGAGCAGGAACCCAGGGGACUCGCUGCAGAGCCACAGAGCCUCCCCAGAGAAGAAACCCCCACCAGCACUUGAGUCUGUAGGGCCCAGGAUGCAACAGGAGAUCGAGAGACUGCAGGGAGCCUUGAAGCAGACCGAGGCCAGUGAGAUCGAGUGGAGGGAGAAGGCCCAGGACUUGGCCCUGUCGCUGGCCCAGAGCAAGGCCAGCAUCAGCAGCCUGCAGGAGGUGGCCAUGUUCCUACAAGCCUCUGUCCUGGAACGGGACUCGGAACAGCAGAAGCUACAGGUCUCCAAGGAGGACUUGGAGGAGACACAGAGGCAGAGGCUCGAGCACCUACAGCAAGCGGUGGCGCGACUGGAGAUUGACCGGGGCCAGCUGCAGCACCACAAUGCCCAGCUGCGGGCCACCUUGGAGCAGGUGGAGCGGGAGCGGAGGAAGCUGAAGAGGGACUCCAUGCGUGUGACCCGGGCAGGGGUCCUGGGAGUCAGCGAAGGCACGGCACCACCACCUUCCCAGCAGAAUGGAACGGGACAGACAGACCCCUCGGAUGCCCAGCAUCGGCCUGAACUGCAGCGAGAGGUGGCCCUGUUACGAGCCCAGCUGGCCCUGGAGCGGAAGCAGAAGCAGGAUUAUAUUGCUCGCUCGGUGCAGACCAGCCGAGAGCUGGCUGGUCUACACCACAACCUCUCCCACUCACUCCUCGCAGUGGCCCAGGCCCCAGAGGCCACUGUCCUUGAGGCCGAGACCCGAAAGCUGGACGAAUCCCUGUCCCAAAGCCUGACAUCCCCAGGGCCUGUUCUGCUACAUCCGAGCCCCAGCCCUGGUGCUGCCCAAGCCAUCUCCAGGUAGCAGCCACAGCCAGGGCAGGACCAACCUUAUCACCCAUGGGUCGGCAGCCAAUGAUGAUCAUGGGCCAGCCACACAGCUACAGAUUUGCCAAAGAAGAGAGUUUGGCUCUAGGGUCCUAACCUGGGAGUCGCUGGCCAGCUGACAUUGUUGGGAAGAGAGGGGAGCAGGAGUCUAGGAGAGAGGCCCAACUCACAUGGGAAGGAAGUGAAUCCCAUGCACCUGCUAGCCUGCAGGGCCUCCCAGAGCAGUGUCUUGUCCUGCCUCUCCCCUAGCAUUUACUAUCCAACGUUUCACACACCCCUUCCUCUUCCCUUUCCCUUUUCCCUUCAAAAUAAACCCCAAGUUUGCA